CUUAUGGUAGCAAUAACGACGCAGGAGUGUUUUCUCGAUCGGAAUUUGGAAAAGCUCUACAGGAGAUGGUACGCGUUUCAAUUAACAAGGAAUAUGAUGAAACCCUAUGCUGAUCGGAAUUUAAGUCAAAUUCAUAAAAUUUUUAAUUACCGAUUAUCCCGAGCCCGAAGGACAAUCGAAAAUGCGUUUGGAAUUCUCGUUUCACGAUGGAGUCUUCAGAAAACGAUUUACAUGAACCCUGUGACUGUGGAUAAAAUUGUCAUGGCAAGUGUUUGUCUUCAUAACUUCUUAAAAACGGAAAACGAUGCAUUGCCUACACGACAUCGUUUAUAUUGUCCACCUAAUUUUGUGGACUCAGAAUCACAGAAUGGUGACGUUGUGCCUGGAGAAUAGCGAAAUGAAGAUAGUGAAGGCUUCCAAAACCUUGCGCCAACAAGUGCCCAUCGCGCUACAAGAGAAGCGUACAAUCAAAGGAAUUUAUUAGCCAAUUUCUUUUUGACGCCAGAAGGUGAACUUCCGUGGCAGUAUGCAUACAUCCGCAGAGGUUUCAAUUGUGAUGGUACUCUGGACAAUUAAUUCUAUGUGUUUAUUCUAUUAAAUAUAUUUUUUUUUUAUUCUAUGUGUUAUUGGA